CCGGCCGCGCCCAAGGGCGACGUCUCCGUCAAGGACGCGUCGCUCUACGAGGCGCUCGGCGUCGACCCGGGCGCGUCGGACGCGCAGAUCAAGAAGGCCUACUACAAGAAGGCGCUCAAGUGCCACCCGGACAAGAACCCGGACAACCCCGAGGCCGCCGCCGAGUUCCAGAAGAUCGGCGCGGCCUACCAGGUGCUCGGCGAGCCCAAGAGCCGCAAGACGUACGACGAGAAGGGGCUCAGCGGCGUC